ACGCCCACCACGGAAGUGAGCGAUGGCAGCGUAGCCUCAGCUUCUACUACCUCCUCGGGGGUAACACCCAGCCCUACCUCACACGGUAGUAGUACCAUGCACGCUCCCGCCUCAACCACAGCAUCCACAAGUGCUCUCUCCCGCGAGACAAGCAGCCUUCCAACUCGACACAGCUCCCCCACAGGCGCAUCCGGCACAGUAGGCCAUGUGAGUUCCAGCACAGCAUCUGCCAGUACUGCCUCGGCGGAAGCAGAACUCUCCCCAACCACACCGAGCCCGACACACACAGCACACACCCAUGCACCCCCACACAGCAGCUCCACACAGACCAAUUCUGGGGUGAGUGAGGCUACCACAGGCGUCUUUUCCCCAAGUGCUCUCCCCGGUGCGACGCAUAGCUUGAGAACAACGCGCACCACGGAAGUGAGCGACGGGAGCAUAGCCUCAGCUUCUACCACCUCUUCGGGGGUAACUCCCAGCCCUACCUCACAGUCCUGUAGUACCGUGCACGCUCCCACCUCAACCACAGCAUCCACAAGUGCUCUCUCCCGCAAGACAAGCAGCCUUCCAACUCGACACAGCUCCCCCACAGGCGCAUCCGGCACAGUAGGCCAUGUGAGUUCCAGCACAGCAUCUGCCAGUACUGCCUCGGUGGAAGCUGAACUCUCCCCAACCACACCGAGCCCGACACGCACUGCACACACCCAUGCACCUCCACCUUUUACAACUGCUUCUUCGGUUGGAACAUCGAGCCCUGUCUUACAGACUAAUAGCACCUUGACUCAUGUCACUGGAACUACUCCAUCUACUAGUACUUUAGGAAGGAGUAGCAGCAUCGGAUCUACGUUAUCCAGCAGACCAAUUCCAGGAGAUCCUACCAAUCCAAUCACUUCCAAACGUACGACAACUUUCACACGUACCACCACUACAAGCCAGAAUACUAGCAAGAGUUCCAGUAGCAAAACUACUACUGGCAAGAGCACCAUCAGAAGUACCACAGGAGAGCUAUGCUACAAUGGUGGAACCUAUGAUGGAAUCAAAUGCAUCUGUAAUGAGGAUUUAUUCUAUGGGCCCAAGUGUGAGUUCCCUGUUCAAGAAUGCCUCAAUGGUGGAACCUAUGAUGGAAUCAAAUGCAUCUGUAAUGAGGAUUUAUUCUAUGGGCCCAAGUGUGAGUUCCCUGUUCAAGAAUGCCUCAAUGGUGGAACCUAUGAUGGAAUCAAAUGCAUCUGUAAUGAGGAUUUAUUCUAUGGGCCCAAGUGUGAGUUCCCUGUUCAAGAAUGCCUCAAUGGUGGAACCUAUGAUGGAAUCAAAUGCAUCUGUAAUGAGGAUUUAUUCUAUGGGCCCAAGUGUGAGUUCCCUGUGGAUGAGAUCCCUGUCAAAGAUUUAUCUGUGACCAUUAUUGUUGAAACCCAGGUGAGGGUUACUAACAGAGAGUACAACGAAUCUCUGGAAGACUUAAGCUCUGCCUAUUCUCUGGAAAUUCAGGAUCAGUUUAGAAAGCAGAUGAAAAUUAUUUAUCGUGCUGUCCCUGGAUACCAAGGUGUGGAGAUCUUACAAAUGAGGAACGGCAGUGUUAUUGUGAUGCAUAAAGUCAUCUCCCAAGUCCCAGUACAGAACAAUUUGCAAAUGAUCCAGAAGCAGAUGGAGAAUAUUACAGUGUCAGUGAAUAACUCCUUGAAAGACACCCAUAGCGAAGGGGACUGUAGCAGGCUUUCAGAACCAGAACUGUGCUUUGUUCCUUUACCUAAUUCAAUUCUUGACACAACUGUACUUUAUUCACCAGAAGACAUUUGCAAAAAUAGUAGUGAUCCAAGGUAUGCAGACUACUAUUAUCCCCAGAUAAUAGAAGGCUCUCUGCGCUGUAUCUCGAGAUGUGUCAAGGGCACUCAGGGCUCCAUGAACUGCUUCAAUGGUGUUUGUCGCAUUUUUGAAAUUGGUCCCCAAUGCAGUUGCAAUGAUUUGGACAUGUUCUGGUACCUGGAUAGUUACUGUCAAUUACGUAUCCAAAAGAGCACUGUGGGCCUUAGUCUUGCCCUGGCUGUGCUCUUUGUGGGCAGUAUCAUCCUGACUAUGUUCCUCAUCAGAGCCAAGUGGAAGAAAUCUAGGAACAGAUGGUUUGAUGAUUUUGAGAUCUGGUACAGACAGGACACAGAGGAAGAGUGGAUACCAUCAGCGGGUCUGACCAUCAUGAAUGAACCAGCAGUUUCCUCCUGGAAUGAACAUCUAAACCAAAAUAAAACCUUCAACCCAUGCCUCAACUCAGUAGAUACUUCAGUACAGUUGUAUUUCCAGAAGCCGACAAUAGAGAUUGACUGAUUUCCCACUGAGACACACCCUGCAUCUUCUCCUUGAGUAGCUGAGAUGAACAACUAAAUUAACAUCCUAACAACCGUAUCAAAUAUCUACCAAUAGACUGACUGAUCUAAUGGGUGAUGGCAAUAAUUCUUAUAUUCCCAAUUGUCUUAGUUCUUAAAUUAUCAGUUUGUUAAUAAGCAAAAGAAACUAUUUAUUGAAGAAUAUUAAGUAAAGAACAUUAAAAAUUGUUUAUAUGAAAAGUGUAAUAUUAUAUUUUUAUGUAAAAAGCACUAUAUUGUAUUUUAUAUAAAAAGCACUUUAUUAUAUUUUAUUGUAGAGGAAAGGAGUCUACAGUUACAUGUUUAUCAUAAUUUAGAUUAACAGCCCCCUCCCCACCCCUAUCCCAGUUAGAUAUAGAUUGGCUUUCCAAACUUGAUGCUGGAUGAUAAAAUUGACUGACUAGCUUUUGCUAAAUUGUAAGAACAAUAAUAGGGGGACGCGGUGGCGCAGCGGCUUAAUGACACUGAA